AUGUCUCUCGAGCCGGUGGCGCCGCUCGAGCACUCCACAAAUCGUUGGCAACCUACGAGCCAUAGCAAGAAGCCGCAGCAGGUCGAACCAGACUCGCCGGACGUCGUCGAUCGUAAGGUCCGCGCGCUGCUCAACAAGCUUACGAUGGAGCGCUUUGACUCGAUCUCUGACCAAAUCAUCGCAUGGGCGAAUAAGUCAGAAUACGAGCACGAUGGGCGGACGCUCAUCCAGGUUAUCCGGCUCGUGUUAGGGAAUGCAACAGAUGAGGCAAGGUGGUCGGAGAUGUACGCGCGGUUGUGCCGCAAGAUGAUGGAGCAGAUUAGCCCGAAGGUUCAGGACGAGGGUAUCAAGAACGCAGAGGGUAAACCCAUUGCGGGUGGUCAGCUCUUCCGUAAAUAUCUCCUCAACGGCCACAAGGCCACCGCGGACCGGGCAGCCAGGGACGCCGCUGACAAGGACGAGGAUGGCGAGACUGCACUGUAUUCAGAAGAAUACUAUGCUGCGCAGAAGGCUAAGCGGCAAGGUCUCGGUCUUAUCAAGUUCAUCGGUGAGCUGUUCAAGCUCCAGAUGCUCACGGAGCGUAUCAUGCAUGAAUGUGAGGAGGAGAUCGAGAGUCUGUGCAUGCACCUCACUACCGUUGGACAAUCACUUGACACGCCGAAGGCCCGUGCGCACAUGGAUGUCUACUUUGCGCGUAUGAAGGAGUUGACAAAGGAUCCGAACGUUAAGCCACGUAUGCAGUUUAUGCUUCUCGACCUUCUUGAGUUCCGCGAACGCAAGUGGGUACCGCGAGCGACGGACCCGGCUUGCGAGCGAGUCUAUAGACGGUGAUACGUUGAUUAGCCUGCUAGCAUCCAACAGUCCGUUUUCCGCUCCAUUCAUGGUUCGUGCCUGCAAUGAUCUGCAUCUUGUUAUUAUUCCACGCACGUCUGCGCUGGCUACUCACUGGUAUACACUCUCCAGAGCUUCGUUUCUUCCUUCCGCAACUAGCUGUGUGACUAAUUAACCAGGAAGCGUUGCGUCGACUAUGCCGUGCGCUACGCGUUCCACGCUGCGAUGUGUUGCGGCAUUGGCGAGUUGGCGACGAAGAUGGGGUAGUAUACUAGCAAUAUACAGGCGGUUGGCUGCGCGACGAUCCGAG